AUGCCAACAAACGUGAAACAAGCACCUACAUCCGUCUGUACGGAAAUCUGUGAAAAACAUGGAACUGAAGUUGUGAAAUUCUUCUGCAAGCACCACGAGACAGCUGGUUGUGGAGACUGUAUGGUUCUUGAGCACAAAUCAUGCGAAGUUGAUUAUAUUCCAGAUAUCACUGAGGCGUUUCUUAAAGGGAGUGAAUUAAGUGCACUAAUACGCGAAAUCAGUCGAGUCCAGUCCAUUGUGAACUUCACAAGAAAGGACAUUGAUAGGGCUGAAACAGAAGCCUAUGUAGAAACUGUAAAUGACAUAAGAACAUUUAGAAAGGAAAUCAAUGAUUAUCUGGACAGAAUGGAGCAACAGCUACUAGAUAAAUGUGACAUAGUGAAUAAGAAAAUGGGCAAAGAUUUCAAACACAUAGCGAAAGAGCUAAAUGUUAUUCAUGGGAAUCUUACAUCUCAGUCGGAGCGAUCAACUGACAUAUUUGUAAAGGCGGGAAAAGCAAGAUCAACUUUAAAAACGUUAGAAGGUCAACUGUCUGCAGUUGAUGGAAGGUCCAAGAUUGAAAUUUGCAAUUUAAAAAGAUGUCAAAUUAUCAACGACGUAGUAUCAAAUUGUAGCCCACUCGGAGAAAUUGAAGUUCGAAAUAUUGUUCAACAGCAGAGAAAAACGCCGACAAAAAGAAGCAUUGUUGAUGCGAUACCAAAACGAGAAGGGGCCAUCAACGUCAAAUCAUUCUCAGACGGAAGAGACUGUUUUAUCUCAGGUAAAGUCACACUGAACGAUACAACGCUCGCAUGUACUGAUUGGUUCAACAGCAAGGUAAAGCUUUUUGAUAUCACACGUGGUACACUUAGCUCAGAGCUUGCUGUGGAACCAGAACCAUGGGAUUUGACUCUCGUUCCAAAUAAGGAAGUUGCAGUUACCCUUAACACUGCACAGAAGAUUCAAUUCCUGUCGUUCAGACAAAGUCUAUCUACAGGACAUUCAUUGCGGUUAAUGGCAAGUGUCGCGGAAUAG